CAGAGUAGUCCUGGGCUCCCUGCUCCUGUGGAACUAGCAGUGCCUCUCACAUCUAUACAUAACACCGCUCGCUAAGCGCCAGUCACGGACACCAAUGAGCUCGCAAUCCAUCUAUUGGCCCGCAUUUGCCUCUGCUGCUUAGGAAAGGUCUUCUUUUUUUGGAAGGAGAAAGCUGGCUGACUGUCCAAGGAUGAGUGAAGAUAUCAGAGAGAAUGUAAUCUCAGUGUCCCUCUCUCUCUCUCCUAGUGACACAGUGACUGCUGCCUGGGUGCCUUCCUCGUCCUCCUCCUCCUCCUCUCGCUUUUCUCGUCACCCUGCCAUAUCUGCUUCCUGCAACCCAUAUCAUUUUCCGUGGCUGAAUCGAGCUGACUGAACGGCGUCAGCAACACUGAGACCUGUAGAGGAUUACUUUGAAAGAAGAGAGGAGAGGAGACGAGGAGAGUCGUUAUUAUUUUUCCUCCUCUGCUUGAUUUGCUGUGCCGCUUGCUGUGUGGGUACCAACCAAGGGGUCAUCGUUCAGGGAGGAAGGUCUGUUUGUGUCACUGGACGGAGAAGGAGGGAAACUGGUGCCAUAUUCCAGCCAUCCACAAUCAUGCAGGAUCUGGCUUGAGAAUGCCCCUCUGCGGAAAGCAAAGUUUGGGGAGAGCCCUGGCAUUCCACAAUCAGAGCUCGGCUCCCCUACACACACCUCCUGUACUACCAGGAACCACAACCUGGAUACAUACGUCCCCGGGGAGUCAAGCAGGGAGCUGGGCCCCCCUCCUUCGGUGGAUGAGGCAGCCAACACAUUGAUGACGCGGCUGGGCUUCCUGUUGGGAGACAAAACUAGUGAGGGGCCAGACGGAGAACAUUACAGCAUGGACGAACCAGACAAUAGACAGGGCCUGGCUGCUAACCAGAGGCUCAGUCCAUGCUCCACCCUGACCAGCAGCACAGCCUCCCCCCCGGCCGGCUCACCCUGCUCCACCCUAGCGCCUGGCGCUGAUGGUGCCAUGCCCACGGGUAACCAGGAUAAUAAGGACCACGCCUACGGAUCUGUCUCAAGCCCCACCUCCACCCUGGAGAGCCGGGACAGCGGCAUCAUCGCCACCCUGACUACCUACCCUGAGAACGCUGAGCGUGGGGGUAAAUACAGUGAGGGGGGUUUCUCGCGGGGCAGUAACCUGAAGCUGUGGCAGAGCCAGAAGUCUGGUAUGGAUUCGUUCCUGUACCGUGUGGAUGAGAACAUGGCUGCCUCCACCUACAGCCUCAACAAGAUCCCAGAGAGACACCUGGACAGCAUGUCUGCUCACUCCACCCCUCUGUGCCUCAUGCCUCGCCCUAACUCUGUCGCAGCCACCAGCUGGGCUCAGCUGGAAGACGUGGCCUACCUGGAGGAUCAGAGACACACUCCGCUGAGCAUGUCCAUGCACAUGAACCGACAGAACACACACACCGGGGCAGGACGCGCUCAGACCGACCUCAGAGUGCGGUUCGCCCCGUACCGGCCACCUGACAUCUCCCUGAAGCCCCUCCUCUUCGAGGUGCCCAGCAUCACCAUGGACUCCAUCUUUACCGGCCGUGAUUGGCUGUUCCAGGAGGUCGACGCCCAUCUCAACAGUGGCAAAAACAGCACCAACCGCGGUGUGGUUAUUGUGGGCAACAUCGGCUACGGCAAGACGGCCAUCAUCUCUCGUCUGGUGGCGCUGAGUUGCCACGGAACACGCAUGAGACAGACGGCCUCUGACUCUCCGCAGACCUCACCCAAACAUGGAGAGCUCCCCCUUACCCAGCCCCAGCCGUCCCACAGCACAGGUACCCUGGGAGGGGGCAGCUGUCCCGGGACCCCCGAGAUGAGACCACGCCAGGAGGAGACCAUGAGGAGACUGGCAUCUCAGGUGGUGGCGUACCACUACUGCCAGGCAGACAACGCCUACACGUGCCUGGUGCCGGAGUUUGUCCACAACGUGGCAGCGUUGCUGUGUCGCUCGCCGCAGCUCAUCGCCUACAGAGAGCUGCUGCUCCGGGAGCCACACCUACAGAGUAUUCUCAGUCUACGCUCCUGUGUUAAGGAUCCCCUGGCCUCCUUCAGAAGAGGAGUUCUAGAACCCCUGGAUGUCCUCUACAAAGAGAGGAAGAUCGCCUCUGAAGAAGACCUGGUCAUCCUGAUAGAUGGGCUAAAUGAAGCAGAGUUCCACAAGCCUGACUACGGAGACACCAUCGUCUCCUUCCUCAGCAAAACCAUCAGCUUGUUUCCCCACUGGCUCAAACUGGUGGUCACGGUCAGGACCACAUUGCAGGAGAUCACCAAGCUUCUCCCAUUCCACCAUAUCUCUGUGGAUGGUCUAGAGGAGAAUGAUGCAAUAGACCAGGACUUACAGGGUUACAUCCUGCACCGCAUCCACAGCAGUCCUGAGAUACAGAACAACAUCUCUCUCAACGGCAAGAUGGACAACACCACCUUCGGCAAGCUCUCAGCCCACCUCAAGGCCCUCAGCCAGGGCUCCUAUCUCUACCUCAAACUCACCUUUGACCUUAUAGAGAAGGGGUACCUGGUCCUCAAGAGCUCCAGCUACAAGGUGGUGCCUGUCAAUCUGGUUGAGGUGUACCUGUUGCAGUGCAACAUGCGUUUCCCUACACAGUCUUCCUUCGAACGGGCCCUCCCCCUACUCAACGUGGCUGUGGCGUCCCUCCACCCCCUCACUGACGAACAGAUCUACCAGGCUAUCAAUGCUGGCUCCCUGCAGGGCACGCUGGACUGGGAGGACUUCACACAGCGCGUAGACAACCUGGCCAUGUUCCUGGUCAAGAGAAGGGAUGGGACCAGGAUGUUUGUUCACCCAUCAUUCAGAGAGUGGCUGAUCUGGAGGGAGGAGGGGGAGAAGACCAAGUUCCUCUGUGAACCCAGGAGUGGCCACACCCUGCUAGCCUUCUGGUUUUCUCGCCAGGAGACCAAGCUGAACCGACAGCAGACCAUCGAACUGGGACACCACAUCCUCAAAGCACACAUCUUCAAGGGCCUAAGCAAGAAAGUUGGGGUUUCCUCGUCUAUCCUCCAGGGGAUGUGGGUUUCCUACAGCACAGAUGGCCUGUCCACUGCCCUGUCCUCACUCAGAAACCUCUACACUCCUAAUAUCAAGGUGAGCCGGUUGCUGAUGCUCGGCGGUGCCAACGUUAACUACCGGACGGAGGUGUUGAACAAUGCCCCAUUGCUGUGUGUGCAUGCCUUCCUGGGUUACAUAGACAUGGUGGGGCUGCUGUUGGAGUAUGGAGCCUCUGUAGACCAGCCUUCAGAGAGCGGUCUCACCCCACUGGGCUAUGCUGCCUCCGGGGGACACAUGGCUAUAGUCAACACACUGUGUCUAAGGAGAGCCAAGGUGGACCACCUAGAUAAUAAUGGUCAGUGUGCCGUGGUGCAUGCAGCUCUCAGGGGCCAGAUGGAUGUGGUCAAGUUCCUCAUCCAGUGGGACUGGGCCAUGGGACAACCACAACAACAAGGAGCCUUCAGCAAGAGCCACGCUGUCCAGCAAGCCCUCAUCGCUGCGGCUAGCAUGGGAUACACAGAGAUUGUGUCCUACCUGCUGGACCUGCCAGAGAAGGAUGAGAAGGAUGAGGAGAAGGUGGAACGAGCUCAGAUUAACAACAUUGACACCCUGUGGGGAGAGACAGCUCUCACGGCAGCAGGGGGCCGGGGGAAGCUAGACGUCUGCAGGCUGCUGCUGGAUCAGGGAGCAGCGGUGGCGCAGCCCAACAGACGAGGCAUGGUACCCCUGUUCAGUGCUGUUCGACAGGGAAACUGGCAGAUUGUGGACCUUCUCCUGACUCACGGAGCGGAGGUGAACCUCGCAGACAAGCAGAGCCGAACCCCUCUGAUGAUGGCUGCCUCAGAGGGUCACCUGGGCACUGUGGAGUUCCUACUGGCACAGGGUGCGUCCCUGCCUCUGAUGGACAAGGAGGGGUUAACGGCUCUGAGCUGGGCGUGUCUGAAGGGACACCUGCCCGUGGUGCGCUGUCUGGUGGAGAAGGGGUCUGCUACCGACCAUGCUGAUAAGAACGGACGCACGCCCCUCGACCUGGCCUCCUUCUAUGGGGACUCAGAGAUGGUCCAGUUCUUAGUGGACCAGGGGGUGAUGAUAGAGCAUGUGGACUACAGUGGGAUGUGUCCUCUGGACCGGGCCGUGGGCUGCAGGAACACCUCCGUGGUGGUCACUCUGCUCAAGAAGGGAGCCAAGAUAGGUCCAGCCACAUGGGCCAUGGCUACCUCCAAACCUGACAUCAUGAUCAUCCUACUGAGUAAGCUGAUUGAGGAGGGAGACAGCUUCUAUAAGAAAGGGAAAGUAAAGGAGGCAGCACAGCGCUAUCAGUACGCCCUCAAAAAGUUCCCCCGUGAAGGCUUCAGUGUGGACCUAAAGACUUUCAGGGAGCUCAAAGUGUCCAUCUUACUCAAUCUGUCCCGAUGUCGGAGGAAACUGAACGACUUUGGGAUGGCUGAGGAGUUUGCUACAAAGGCACUUGAAUUGAAACCAAAAUCAUACGAAGCGUACUAUGCCAGAGCCCGAGCCAAGCGUAGCAGCAGGCAGUUCCCUGAGGCCUUGGAGGACCUGAAUGAAGCAAUGAAGCAGAGCCCCAACCACCCUGAGAUCCAGCGCCUCCUGCAGCGGGUAGAGGAGGAGUGUCGACAGCUUACCCAGGAGGAGGAGGACGCACAGAAGCUGGAGCCUCCCCCAUCUCCUCCCCCCUCGCCUCCCCCAGAUGGGGGGGAGGAGGAGGAGGAGAUGUCCCUGUCCUCCCUCCCACUCCCCCUGGAGCUCCCCCCUCCCCCGGAGCCUCGGCUGGAGGACAUGGAGCCGGUCCAGGAUCUGUUUGAGGACGAGGACUAUCUGGAGCAGGAGGCCAUGUCUAUGGUGAGUAUGGGUUCUAUGGGUCUGGCCCUCGAGAGGGAGCUCUGCUCCAACCCCUCCAGCCUGCCUAUCAUCCAGAGCCCCCCUCUUUCUCCAACCAUCCACCAGCACCCCUACCACCAGGACCAGGCCUACCUGUCAGGGGGCUCCCCCAUGGGCCAGGCUUACGUCUACGACCACCCCAGCCCCACCUCCAUGUCAUCCCCCGGCAUCCAGAACUACCAGCUGCCGUCGCCCCCCUCAAUGUCCCCCACGCACCACAACUCCCCCUACCGACACAGCCCUCCGCAGGCCUCCCCGGUGCACCAGACCACUUACCGCUUCAGCCCCCCGCCCAAUGGAGGAGGGGGACAAGGGAUGGACCACGGAUACCAGAGCCCCCCGCUAUCCCCUCUGCGUCGGGGUGGGGUACAGAGCCAGUACAGAGCCAGUCCCCCGGUGGAGAGUGUGUGUCUGUACAGGUCCCAGUCAGGGUCUCCGGUGCGCUACCAGCAGGAGCAGCCUACCCUUUCAAAGAUGAGCAGCCAGAGGUCCUUCCAGCAGAGCUCACAGCCUUCCCUGCAUAAUCAGGCCUCCCUGCACCACCAGGCCUCCCUGCACCACCAGGCCUCUCUGCACCACGACACCCUCCAGACCCACCAGCACCACCAGGCCCAACUGAACCACCAGGUCUCCCAACAGCACCACCAGGCCCAACUACACCACCAGGCCUCCCAACACCACCAGGACUCCCUGCAUCACCAGGCUCAACAGCACCACCAGGCACAGGGCCUGCGCCUUCAGCCCUCCAUGGCCCAGAUUGUUCGCACCAAUCAGCCCAGCAACACAUACGGCCAGAUGGGUCACCCCAUGCGUUACCAGGGGGCCUCCAUGGAUGUGCCGAUGGAGAGCCAGAGCCGGUUGAUGUACCAGCCCUCCCUGGAUGGUCGCUCCAUGCCCCAGUCCAGCCUCUCAGCUGGGGCCCUCUGUCAGCACGGGGGCCGGGGAGGGGUUAUAGAGGGCCUGAUGAAGGAUGAGCUACCCCAGCGCCCCUCCUCUGCCUACCGUGCCAGCAGUGGGGGAGGACAAGGGGGCCAGCUCCAGGGAGCUGUCCGCUAUAGCCAGACCCCCCAGAUUAGCCGCAGCCAAUCAGCUGCCUACUACCCUGGUGCCAAGCACGAGCUGGAGCGACAAAACAGUGCCAUGCCCCAGUGCCAGCUCGGAUCACCAGAGAUCGGCCACAUGGUGAGGCGGCCCGUCAGUGCCACUACCACGGAGAUCAAACCACACAUUUCCACUCCCCGGCCCCUCAUCCACUCCCAGAGCGCGGGCCUCCGCUUUUCCCCUUCCAGCAACAACAUCCCCACAGGGGGCUCUAGCUGUAAUCUAGUCCCAGGCUUCAGGCCUUCCUCCUCCAUCCAGGGGAUGGAGAUCCCGCUGCAGGUGGCUUACGAGGGCUACGAAGGCUACGAGGGGUACGAGCGUUCCUGUAACGACGACAUCUCCCCAAACUCGCCCUCCCAGGGGGGCGGUGGGGGGCUGUACCAGGGUGAGAGCACCCGCUCACGGACCACGCCCUUCAUGGGCAUCAUAGACAAGACAGCACGGACUCACCAGACUCAAUACCUGCAGCAGCCCUCGUCCCAGCGGCCCUGGGCUAUGACCUCCAUGGACUCUGGCAUCAGCCCCACAUCGCCCGGCCAACUGGUCCAGCAGGGCUCGUCCUACAGCCCCCCCACCUCGCUGGGGAACUUCGCUUACUACAACAAGACUAACAACGCCCAGAACGGACAACUCCUGGAGGAGGACUACUACCCCCAGCAGCCCCAGCAGCAGCAGUCCUCCCUGGGCAAGCUGGCCAACGGCGCCUCCCGGGGUGGAGGAGGGGACAUCCUGGAGAGGGUGAGCCAGGUGCCCACCUACCCAGACGUGAAGGUGGCCAGGACUCUGCCCGUAGCUCAGGCCUACCAGGACAACAUGUACCGACAGCUCUCCCGUGAUAUGUCCCGUGACUCUAGGCAGGGCCCCACCUCCCCCAUCAAACCAAAGAGACCUUUCGUGGAGUCGAAUGUGUGAAUGUACCGUCCACGGCCGGACUGGGCGUGUGAGUGGGAGGGGAGAAAGGGAGGGGGGGGAAGGGAAGGGAGGAAGGGAGGGGAGGGGGGAUGUUGAGUUAAGGCUGCUGACCUUGUUUGACGUUGAUGAAGAACACAUGAUACAUAGACAGAUUACAGCCCCGCUCACACAGAGAGCAGUUUACAACAGGCCCCGCUCACACAGAGAGCAGUCUACAACAGGCCCCGCUCACACAGAGAGCAGUCUACAACAGGCCCCGCUCACACAGUGAGCAGUCUACAACAGGCCCCACUCACACAGUGAGCAGUCUACAACAGGUCCCACUCACACAGUGAGCAGUCUACAACAGGCCCCACUCACACAGUGAGCAGUCUACAACAGGCCCCACUCACACAGUGAGCAGUCUACAACAGGCCCCACUCACACAGACAGUAGUCUACAACAGAACCCACUCACACAGAGAGCAGUCUACAAUAGGCCCCACUCACACAGUGAGCAGUCUACAAUAGGCCCCACUCACACAGUGAGCAGUCUACAAUAGGCCCCACUCACACAGUGAGCAGUCUACAAUAGGCACACACGGGGUAGUAGUCUAGUCAUACAGUACAUAGAAACUAACACACUGGGGCUAGUCCUGAUCAAACACAGGGCCAGUCCUGAUCAAACACAGGGCCAGUCCUGAUCAAACACAGGGUCAGAGUCCCUAACACUUCCAGGGGGAGGGAGUGGGAGUGAAACUGAGGGCCCUUACCUUACUGUACCUGUGAAUUCUCUAUCCAUCUACCAUAUGCUAUCUUUAAAAUACGACUUGUGCUCUUAUUCAAGGUUGCUAGACUCUCUGUAAUACAAUAUUAAUAUGUUCACUACUGUAAAUGGGUCAGAAAUUACACCGUGAGUGUGCAUAGAGAAAUUAUUAUAUUUAUUAUUAAGUUAUAUAAUGUAAAUACAUAUAAAAACAUGAAUGAUUUUCUUUGUGUUCUUUCUGUUUUUAAUUAUUUUUUAGCCUUCUGUCCUUGUGCUGUCCUUAAUAAGUCCUUGCUCCCAUCGAGCGCUUUUUCAGCUAUACAGCCAGCUGAAACUCAUCCAAAACACUCAAUCAUCCAAGAACUAGGCCGGAGAUAUCUUUAGUCGAUUUAAGGAUGAAAAGUGUAAAACUGCAACACAAAAAGUCACAGCAUACAAAACACACACACAUACUAAGUAGCUAGCAUGUUGAUAGCAGCUAGCUACAUUCAUUUCAAUAGGAACGGCUAAUCCGGUUUAGUCUAGUGACAAUAUAUCUGUAAAAGUAACACAAACGUAUGAUAUGUAAGUGUUAAUAAAACAACCAGGAAUGUUAAUACUUACAGAUGAUGCCAACUGAAGGGCUAUAAAGGACAGGAUGAUGGUGGAUAGAACAGUAUAUCGUGGUUAGACUGAACACUAAAAAGCAGUAAACAAAAAAAUCAUUAAUUUCAUAUGAAUGGCACUUCUUCUGCAAUACAAAGACCAUUAGGUGGGUGCAAAGGCAAUACAUGCUUAAUGUGGUCCAUGAUGCAACAACAUGGUUUCAGAAUCAACUAGGACAGGGAAUGAGGGACAUUUAGAAACUUUGAAUUACUCACAUGUCAAAGGAUAUUUUCCUAGUUUCUAAAUAUUAGCUUUGUCAUGUUAUAUUUUUGGUAUUUUAAUUUAACUUUUUAUUACGUUUAUAUUAUUCAUAAAUGUCUGCACUAAAUGCCUGUGAAGUUCUUAACUUAAGGUGCACUUUAUGUAUUUUUGUUACUUUAUCGUUAUUGAAUGUUACUGAUUUUGUAUUAUUGGAGGUCAGUUGGGGCUUCUGACCAAUGAUACUGGAUUAUUACUGAUUACUCAUUGUCGUAGGAACUCUGAUCUACAAAGCAAAGUAGUGAAUGACAAUAUAAAGUGCAAACAAUGUUUUUAAAUGUCUGAAGAUGUAUAGACUUUAUAGCACAUUGUAAAAGCUGCAUAUACUGGCCAUCCCCCUCAACCCAACCCCAGAUCCCUUCAUAGACAGACGGAUCUCAUACGCAAGUGGCUUGUGUUCUUUUUUUAUCCUUACCACGAGUGAAAAUUGUCCUCUUUUGCAGUUUCCUUAUAGCUACUAUUCAAUUAAAUCACAGUGUGUGGAACCUAUUGACUGACAGUCAAUCAGAUGGUCCCAAAUCCAGUGACAAAGCACUUAACUUCAAUGUCAAGGGAAAGUCCUGGAGAGAGAAAUGUAAAGGUUGUAUUCAUGAACGGACUAACAUAUUUUUAUAUUUGCCAGGUGAGAGUAUAAAAACAAUGGGUGUGUGAAUGUACUUCAGUCAGAUUGAAUGCUCAGUCAGUUGCCACUGCUUCAUGGACUGCUUCCAUUUUGAUCUUGUCUGCUAUUCAAAUGGGUGAAUAAAAUUAUUCAAAUGGUUCCCUACCCACAGGAUAGCUCAUUUGGACAACUUUAAGACCAUACUGUAUGGGUGAGGAAUUGUACUAUUCUUUCAAAAAGGACUAUAAAAGGACUUUUGAGGUGUUUUGUUUUCCAUCUUUCGAUGUAAAUUAGUUGACUGUAAAAUGUAAAUUAGUUGGCUGUAAAUAUUCAGAUGCAUGUUUUAUUAUUUUUCCUGAUUUCAAACAGAAACACAUACAGUAUACACAGUGUCCUGAAUCUGGUCUGGGAUCUGUGAUAGACAUCUGGGAUAUACAUCUGGUCUGGGAUCUUUGAUAGACAUCUAGAUAUACAUCUGGUCUGGGUUCUGUGAUAGACAUCUGGGAUAUACAUCUGGGAUAUACAUCUGGGAUAUACAUCUGGUCUGGGUUCUGUGAUAGACAUCUGGGAUAUACAUCUGGUCUGGGUUCUGUGAUAGACAUCUGGGAUAUAGAUAUGGGAUAUACAUCUGGUCUGGGUUCUGUGAUAGACAUCUGGGAUAUAGAUCUGGGAUAUACAUCUGGUCUGGGUUCUGUGAUAGACAUCUGGGAUAUACAUAUGGGAUAUACAUCUGGUCUGGAAUCUGUGUUAGACAUCUGGGAUAUACAUCUGGUCUGGGAUCUGGGAUAGACAUCUGGGAAAUACAGUACCAGUCAAAAGUUUGGACACACCUACUCAUUCAAGGGUUUUUCU